UGUUAUCCGACGCUGACACUAGUUUCAAGACACUGUCACACCAUCGUUCGUAGGUUUUCAUGCAUGAUUCAGAUUUUAACGGCAUAAGUGAAGCUUCCCCCUGAUCAUCCCCGACAUGGUUCAAUCAUACUCAAGAGAACAAAUUUACUGUGCUACAUUGCAAAUACAGAAUAUCUAUUUUCUCACCUAGAUCCAUCCGGCAGCUGUCGCAACGACAGCACUGAUGUAUAAUCAACCAUUGGGCUUAUCGAACCACAGUUCUCCAGAUACUAGUACAAUGUCUAACCCGAGAUUUAGGAUCGCUAUCUGCGGAGGGGGGGUAGGCGGUUUGACAUUAGCUGUUGCUUUGUCCCGGCACCAGGAUAUUGCCGUCGACGUGUAUGAAGCCGCGCAGAGCUUUUGUGAGAUUGGGUCCGGUAUUGGUGUCUGGCCCAGGUCAUUCAAGGUCUUACGGAAAUUGGGACCCGACUUUGAACAGCAACUGCUUCAACGCUGCGGUUACGAAUACACAGAAGAAUAUGUCCCAUCUAUUAAGAACCGUAAAAGCGAUCAAGCCGUCGGCAUUGAGCUGUUUGACUUGAUGACGAAAGGUAAACUUAUGCGUUUCCAUCGAGCCGACUUCCAAGGCGUACUACUUUCAUUUCUUCCACCGUCCUGCACAACGCACAACGCCAAGCGACUAAUAUCAUAUACUCAGCCCUUGGAAAACUGUUCAAGAAAUUCAUCGAUUACACUAACAUUCAAGGAUGGAUCGACUGCAACAUGCGAUGUUUUAAUUGGUGCUGACGGCAUAAAAUCUAUAGUCCGGCCCUGUAUGUUGCGUGAACUGGCUGAGGACAUGGAUCCCGAUGAAAAGCAGUCUGUGCUAUCUUGCAUGAACCCAAUCUGGAGCGGCGUCACUGCAUACAGAUCACUAGUUUCCACACAGAAGCUGCGCGCGCGUUACCCUGACCACCGUGCCUUAAGGGAGUUCACCCAGUACAUCGGAAAAGAUGCUUACUUAGUUACAUACCCAAUUUCUCUUGGGAAAUACGUCAACUUUUCGGGUUUCACACUUGAGCGUGAUCUCGUUGACUUGGCGUAUGAAGCCGAUACAGACAUCCCUCGUCCGUCUUUCAAAGGAAAGACAAACGACGAGUGGGUUAGUGAACUCACUGCUCAGCAGUUUAUUGAGCCUUUCAAAGACUUUGAAGAGGAUGCACAGCACAUUCUCGAGUGUGUAGAAAAGGGCACGCUUUUGGCCGUGCACACCGUGAAAACUUUGCCAUCCACUAAUUUCGGGCGAGUCGCGAUCAUAGGAGAUGCUGCGCAUGCAAUGUCGCCGUUCCAAGGCUCCGGUGCUGGCCAGAGUAUCGAGGAUGCUUACUUACUCAUGACCGUUCUUGGUCACAAAUCUACGACCCUAGAAACGGUACCUAGGGCCCUCGCCAUCUACGACAGGUUGAGAAGGCCAUUCUCAUCGGAAGUGGCUCGGCGCUCAAUGCGUAGUGGCCAACUAUGCGCAUCUCAAGAGGACGUACCUUUACAUGAGCUCGGUGAUACAAUCACCAAAAAUUGGGAGUGGGCAUGGCUGACCGAGCUAGAUGAUGCUUUAGAAGAAGCUGUCAGGCUUGUGGAGGACAGCUCGAUCGAUGUCAACUGAGAGAUCUAAUGUAUACUGGCAGAUAUCCGUAGCUUUGCCACUGUAGCCCCGUGUCGCGAGCGGAGAAUGUAUACAACGUUUAUUCUGACUCGGAGUUAUGACUACUCGACUGUUUCCUCU